AUAGGCGAUCCAUACCGGAUUAGGUUCAUCUAAGGACAACAUCGUAAUUUCAGAACCCUUCUCCCUUUGCUUUUAAGAAGUCGUAACUGACAGUGUUUGGAAAGUGCAGUUAAGUUCGUCUCUGGUUACGAGGUUUUUGUCGAAAAUUACAAAAAUACCAAUUUAUUUCUCCCUUUUUUGGUUCGGAUAAUUGGGGGUAUAUUUGGAGUUGAAGAUAUUUGUUUUUCUGGAGGAUUUUUUUAGUUUGAUGGGAAUAAUUUUCUCGGAAAGUACCUGGUCAUGGGAAAGUCGUCUUUCAAGGAUUCACUCAAAGCGCUCGAAGCUGAUAUUCAACAUGCUAAUACUCUGGCUUUAGAUCAUCCAAGGGAGAAAGAUGGAGCACGUCUUCAAAUGAGACUGUCCUACAGUCCAUCAGCCCAGUUUUUUCUUUUCCUUGUUCAGUGGACUGAUUGUCAACUUGCUGGUGCCCUUGGUUUGCUCAGAAUACUUAUUUAUAUGUUACUUACAAUUGGGCUGUGGCAAUCUGGUGAACUGAUGCAGACAUAUGCUGAUGGCAAGACCACCAUGUCUGUUUAUGAGAGGAAAGCCAGCAUUAGAGAAUUUUAUGCUGUGAUAUUUCCUUCUUUAUUGCAACUUCAAAGAGGUAUCACGGAUUUGGAAGAUAGGAAACAGAAAGAAGUGUGUACCAUGAGGUACCGGAGGAAGGAUGAAUUUGAAAGGGGGAAGCUCUCCGAAAUUGACAUAGAAAGGGAAGAGGAGUGUGGAAUUUGCAUGGAGAUGAACAGCAUGGUUGUAUUGCCUAAUUGCAGCCAUUCUCUGUGUUUGAAGUGUUAUCGGGAUUGGCGUGGCCGGUCGCAAUCAUGUCCCUUUUGUCGGGAUAGUCUGAAAAGGGUCAACUCUGGUGACCUUUGGAUUUACACAGAUAAGAGUGAUCUUGUUGAUUUAUCAUCUAUUUUGAGAGAGAAUUGUAAGAGGCUCUUCAUGUACAUCGAGAAAUUGCCUCUUGUUGUCCCAGAUCCUGUAUUCGUUCCCUAUGAUGUUCAUGUUAGGUGAGUGCUUUCAUACAGGGCUAUGAUAACUGCCUGUAUAUAACUAGCAUGGCUGUAUAUCCAUAUGAUAAAUCACCAUUUUGAAAUGUAAAUACUCUCAGGCUUUGGCCCUCUGAAUCCUACUGGCUUCAAAAUGGGUCUUGUCUCUUUUUCCUAAUAGAAAUCCCUACUUCAUGAGAUAAGGAAUGCUUAUCUGAAUUC